AUGCUCAAAAUUUUCAGAUAGGCUAAUUUAUUCAAGCCUCAAUUCAUGAGAAGAUACGAUCAGGCCAAUUCUCCUUUGCAUUUGGCCAUCGGAGACACAUCUGAGUUGAGAACAAAGCUAUUUCCAGAGAAGAGAAGAAUCCCAGGGAGAAAAGGCAAAAUAAUCUUAGCAUUUGGCGUGUUAUUCUAAGUGUGGGGCAUAAUGCAUAUAGUGGAAGUGAGAAGACAAUUCAGACGCAAAGAAUUAGAGUUGAAAAAGAUGCAGAGGAAAUCAUUGCCAUUUUAUUAAGCCAUGCAAGAUAUCAGGUAUCUGGCUGCAGAAGACAAGAGGAAUAUUUUGAUCGAGGAAUUGUUUGCUGAACACGGAUCCGAUUACAUCAAGUAGAUCACCGACAUCUAUCACCAAAAGGAUGUGUGGGUUCCAUUUAAGAAGAGAGCUGCUCAUCAAUACACCAGAGCAACCAAGGAUCCCUAUCCUUAUUUCGAUAUCCCAGGAUCCCGUUUCUUGCACGGUUACGACGUAUACAACAUUUGAUUUAAAUCAUAAAUAUUAAAUAAAUAAA